AGCAGUAAUAGGAGCAGCAGCUGGUAGGACGGCAGCGGCAGCGGCAGCGCCAGAGCUAGUCCGGGACCGGGAGCUACAGCUUCGAGACCCCCGCUGCCGUCCAGCGCAACCGGCGAGGCGUGCGUGCGGGAUGCUGCGGCUGCGGCCAGCCCGCAGCUAGCCCAGAGCCGCGCCUCGGGCCGCUAGGGGGCGGAGGCCGGCGCCACCAGGUCCGGCUGCCCGUCGGCGCUGCCCGCCGGUCCGGCACCCGGCGCUCCGUCCGCGCAUCCGCCUGCCUUAACUCCCGGAGCGCGGCGCGACCGUCGGCGGCCAGCCAUGCCCUUCUACAAGCGGCGCGUGGUGCCGACGCGCCUGUGGCCGGCCCGGGCCGCGCUGCCCCUGCCGCUGAGCGAGCUGCGGGACGUGAGCGGCGUGGCGACCCUCAGCUUGCUCCGGCAGCUCGCCGACCUGUGCGGCCAUUCCCUGGCCCUGCUCGAGGAGCUCGAGGGCCACCUGCUGGCCUUGAGCCGCCGGACGAGCCGCCUGCAAGAGCGCACCGGCCGCCUGCACCGCCGUCUGCAGCGCUCCGCCGCCCAGGCCACCGGCCCCGAGCCAGCUGCCUCCAACUUGGGUCUGGAGAAUAAGAAAUCUGCUACCCACCCCAAGUCGCCAUGGCAACAGCCAGUGAAUGUGUUCCUCUCCUCCAGCCGGCCCCCAGGUGUGGAGGAGCUGCAUCAGGAAGCUCAGCUUAAUCUCCAGAGCUUGCUGCAAGAAGAAUAUGAGGAACAAUACUCAGAAGCCAAGAUUUCUGGGCAGACCUUCCGCACUGCGGCCCCCGGAGACCCCCCGGAGCCCCCGAACAGCUCAAGGCCACAGGCUGCCAGGCGGCUGGAGUUUGUGUUGAUGCCCACGAGCCGACGAGGGAACGGAGACAAGACCACCACCCAGGGGGUGCGGCCCCCCGAGUCCUCCCUGAGCCUGCCCUCCUCUCCAGACAAGCCAAACACCUGGAGCAGACCCUUCCCUCUGCCCAUCCUGGAGGAGAAGAGGUGGCACCCGGCGUGUUCCACCCAAGGCAGCAUCGUGCCCAUCAAUGUCUCCGGACAACAGUUUGAUAAACACGCCAGUUUGCGACACUCCUUGUUUAACACGGAGACCGCAGUGAACCCCAAGUCGACCCUGAGGCGGCGACGCACCAUUAUUGGCUUUCCUCAUCUUUCCUUGCGAGACCAAGGUCGGAGCAACGGGCAAGUGUACUCUGCCCCUAAAGAGUCUGCCUCCUGGAGCACGGCUCCCGAAGUGGCCAACGGAAGGGGGCCGGCCGGCCACGAAAUAUGUUCCCCGAAGGUGAUUUCUCCAGUGCCGAGAAAGGCGCCCAGUGACCUAGGAGAGUCUCGCCCGGCACAGGGUGGCCCGCUUUCACCCAGCAUGGAGGGCAUGGGGAUGGUGUACAGCGUCCCCUCUUCCUGCAAUGGACCAAAGGAUUCGACCUUCUCUCCUCCGUGGAAAGGAAGCUGCUUUGAUUACACGAGCCCGUCCAGCCCUGCCCCUGGAGAGUGCGGUCAGGUCAAAGAAAAUGGGAAAUAUCCUUCAGCCUGCGUUCCCAAGGGCUCUCGCAACGCCCUCAGCCCCGAGAACUUGGGGGACAGCGGCUCCGUCCCGCUCGCUCAGGACGACCAGGCGGGGAUCGGCGGAGCGGCCUGCUGCCCCAGGUUCCCCGCUCCAAGAAGCCGAGAGCCAGAGAAGGACUACAAAGGGGGGGCCCUUGCUGGUGGUAAGCUGGGGGAAGGGGGGCCCUCGAGGAUAGAGUCAGACCCAAGUGCCUGUAGAUUCCGAGAGAGGUCACUGUCCGUGCCCACGGACUCAGGCUCCGUGUGCUCAGUGGACGGUGGCUGUGCGGAGGACCAGCAGGGCAGCGAAGCCAGCACCCUGGCCUACCCCAGCGCCAGCUCAGAAGGCAGCGCCAGUACGGACAACGUCUCCUCCAUCGGAGCCGAGCCCAGACCGAGAAGGUCCAAGAGCAUCUCCCUGAAAAAGGCCAAAAAGAAGCCUUUGCCCCCGAUGCGCAGCGUCUCCCUGGUCAAAGACGAGGCCGUCCUCCAGAAGGAAGCCGGGCCGGCCUUGGCCAAGGACCAGAGGCCCAGGAGCCUCUGCCUCCCCCUUGAACACCAGGGGCGUCAUUUUUCCUCCGCAGACGCUCAGGGCCACCCAGCUGUGCCUCUUCUACGGGAGACAGAAGGCCCCCACUUCUCCCAUCACUGGUAUCUCCCCGACUGGAAGUCCAGCGACCCCUACCGCUCCCUGUCCAGCUCCAGCACCGCCACCGGGACCACAGUGAUUGAGUGCGUGCAAGUGAGGGGCAGCUCCGAGUCUCUGACUUCCCCUUCCACCUCCAGGGCCACCACGCCCUCCCAGCUCUCCACCGAGACCGAAGCCCGGGAAGUGUCGUCCCCCGGGCGGCCCACGGGGCUGAUGUCGCCUUCCAGCGGCUACUCCAGUCAGUCUGAGACCCCCACCCCCACGGUUCCCGGCACGUCCACGACGCUGGGUCAUUUACCUCACACGGGCGGCGGCGGCCGGGUCCGACCGGUGGUCCCGGAGAGGAAGUCGUCCUUGCCUCCGACGUCACCGAUGGAGAAGAGUCCCAAGUCGCAGCUGUCGUUUGACCUCCCGCUGACCCCUCCGGCCCUCCUGGAUGCGUCAGGGAUGAAGAUUUCCCUGCGGGGCAAAGCCAAGGUGAGCCGCCAUCAUUCAGACUCCACCUUUGGAGCAAAGCUGGCCCAGAAGAGCGGCCCCAACCAGCCCAUAAUGCCCGUGGUCACCCAGUCUGACCUGCGCUCCAUCCGCCUGAGGUCAAUCAGCAAGUCGGAGCCAGAAGAUGACGUGGAGAGCCCGGAUCCGGCGGAGGAGCCCAGCCUGGAAGUCUUCACUCCGCCGGAGCGAAAGGUAAAGCCCCCGCUGGCCGAGAAGCCCCCGCUGGCCGAGAAGCCCCCCGUGGCCGAGAAGCCCCCGGUGGCUGAGAAACCCCCGGUGGCCGAGAAGCCCCCGGUGGCCAAAAGGCCCCAGAGCCUCGUUCCCAAGGAGCCUCUCCCAACUUCCCCCACCUUGCUCCUGACUACUGAGAACACAAGCGGCCAGACCAGGCCCUCCCCUCAGGAUAUCUACAUGGUUGUACGGAAACCAAAGGCUCUCAGAAGCCCGAACAGCCAGAGCCCAGUGGCGGGGACCCUGGACGAGGAGCGCCCCAAGAUGAGGUCCCUGCCAGAGAGGGUUGGCGUCCAGAGCGCGAGCGAGGCGGAGAGAAGGAGAAGCAAGAUCCCCCCUCCGGUGCCGAAGAAGCCUAGCGUGCUGCACCUGCCCGCAGCCUUGCCCCUGCCUCAGCUGGGGGCCAACGCGGGUGAGCCAAAGCUGGCUCCCAGUCCCAUCAUCACCCUGGAUGAAGACGUCAACUCGCAGCCGGGCCCCAACGGCUUACGGGCUGCCGAUACCAAGGAGGAGCCCUCUAAGCCGCCAUCCGACGGUGGGAUCGAGACAAGCCUGCCAGGAAGUGGCCCGGAACAGAGCACUGAAGAAAAAGGUUUUGCGAGCGACAAGACGGCGGAAUCCAUCGCGGAAGACGAUGAUGACGUGUUUGUGGCAUCUCGCACAACUGAGGACUUAUUCACAGUCAUUCACAGAUCUAAGAGGAAGCUGCUUGGCUGGAAGGAGCCCGGCGAGGCCUUCGCCAGCGGCAGACUGAGUUCCCAUCCGAUGGCCAAGAACCCGGCUGCUCCGGCAGCCAGCGAGGCUGCCGCCACAGGCGGCGGCAGUCGAACCACCAGCAGAAAUGAAGAUUUUAAGGCUCUACUCCAAAAGAAGGGGAGCAAGAGUAGCGUGGGCUCCCGGCCGUCAGCGGCGGAGCUGCUCAAGACCACCAAUCCCCUGGCGCGCCGAGUCGUCACGGAGUUUGCCGAGGACCAAGACAGCAGCAACGUGCCCGGUACCUAAGCAGCUCUGAGGUGGCUGUGGGGAUGGGAAGCCGGGAAAGACUUCUGAAAGGCAACCGUGAAAAAGAUGAAAAUGACCGACGGAACAUUGACAACGACCUGACAUUAACUUAGAACCUGGACGAUCUGGACUUUGGGGGAACGUCUCCAGCCUUCCUCAUCUUGAGCUCAGACUAGCAAAAUUGUGAUGAACUCCCGACAUCUGAGGUCUGAUUCUUACAGUUCUGUCAUUAUUGACCACUGAUGAUCCCCUAGUGUUUCUGUCUUUUGAGCAAGGGCACAGGCCCCGUGUGGGAGACUCACGGACGACCUCUUCUCCCACAAGGCUCGUUUCUUGACGUGGAGCCGAUUCGGCGGAAGGCUCCACAGAAGAGGCUGUCCAGUCUGGCCACGAGCGGUGGGCGGCAGGGUCCCUUCCAUUCCCCCGUCCUGCUCUAACGCUCUCCUCUCCAGCGUGGAGAUGCCAGAAGGACUGACUUCUUUGGGGCCUCCCUACGAAUCCUCCCCGAUGGAGUCGUCGGGUUCAAUGACGCAAAUCGUGGAUGUCGUUCCUCUCUCCUUCGAUGUCCUAUCUUUUUCGGUUUGCUUUUCUAUACGGAGAUCAGGGUGACGAGACCAAACAAAUCUCUAUAUUUUGGUUUGGGCCCAGACGGCCAACUAGGGUCGCUUCCGUUUGGAUUGCUUUGGAGGAACCAAGCUUGUCCGAAGUGGCAACCGCUGGUUCCUUCAAAGCGCCUCUCUGGGACGGCCCGAUGCCAUUUCAGACGUUGGUCCCCAGUGACAGCAAGGGACAGCUAGGAUCUGUGCCGAAAUCCAGUGAGCGCACUGGAAGUCCCUGCUAAUGCUGCAUCCGCUUUCAUUUACGGAAAAUUCAAAGGGUAGAGGUGGAAGGAAGGAAGUGAAAGGACGCCAACAUAAAUGAAGAUAAGAGAUAUAGUCAACUUGGCCAAGACCAUUCAGUUUCUAUUGUGAUAUUUAAAAAAAAAAAAAAGAUAAAGAAGAUGCUGCUCAGAAAACAAAUUUUAGAGAGAGGGAAUAUUCAAGCAACAUGAUGCCGAUCUAAAGGGAGCGUUCCUAUUUUAGUCAAGUAUUUUUACUAAUUCGGUGUUAUGUGUCCUUGUUUCCAAGGGAGGUCAGCACCCUUGAGGUUCUGGUAUCCUGGCCCAAAGCCCCAGUUGCCUUGCCCUAGUUCUGAACAAAUAACAUUUCUGGCUGGUGACGACCAAAUGGGGAAAGGCAGCUGGGGCCCGUGGCUAGGGAAGAAACAAGAAGAAGACCAGGGGGAGAAGCAGCAGCUGGAGAAUGUUUUAGAGUGAGGCGGGUAUCGCCUUCCCCACGGACAAGUGUUCAGCAGAAGUACUGCAAACCCUAAAUGGCCUCCCAGCAGUCAUAACCUUCUUCCUGCUCCGUGGCAGAUGAACAGGCCACGCUACUUGUCUGAUGGGAUCCCCCGUGGUCGCAGAACAGCUCACCCUGGAUCCCCCCAUCUAUGGGGCCUCUCCUGCCACUGAGAGCACCGCGCUAUCGCCGGCUGAAGGGAAACUCCUCCAUGGGGGAGAGAGAAGCCCACUCCCCCGUGACGGCCCAAAGGCCUCAGCUACACAACCCGAUUGAACCCUCGCUGCCCCUUGUCCUAGGGAGGUGCCGAGCCCACCUCUCUCGUCCCCAGACGAGGGACGGAGAGCAGAACCGAUUCCGGCAGACGGAGGGCCGACUCGGCAGGCCAGGGUGCCCACCAUAUAGUAGGCACACCCCCAAGUUGUGCGGGGCUUGAUGAGGGUGGGCCCUGUGAUUUCCAACCCAAUAUGAAGCACCCCUAGGACACUUUGGCCAUCUGAGUGGCUCUGGGUGGCCUCCAGCCUGGCAGACUUGACUCCCGCUCUCCCAGUCUCUCUCUAGUGGGGCUCUUUGGCCUUUAGUAACUGGAGAAAAGUGGCUGUGGGUGGUGCAGAUUUGCAACGGCUUCCCUCUCUGCAGCCCCAAGCUCAAACCGGGGCACUGCCUCUGGCGCCAACUUGUGGGCACUAGAGGAACACAGAUAUCCUGGUGUGGUUGUGGCCCUUCUGUAUCUUUGGCUCCCACCUCCUGGGCUCAGAGUCGGGGGCCCUGGCUUAGAAUGCUGGUUCUGCUGCCUCCUGCUUGUGCAAAGCCUUCCCCUCCUCUGCAGAAGGCAGGGCGCCAGCUAGCUCGAAGCCCACGCUUUCUUGACUUAGCGGGACCGGUUGUUGCAACAACUCCCGUUUCUUUGGGGUAGCACCACUGGGAAGAAGGUUGUUAGUGCAAACAGACUCACACACACACACACACACACACACACACACACACACACACUUGCGCACACACACACUUGCACACAUUUUAGGGAGGAGGAAAUCAAGGGGGAUCAAACAAAUGCAGCAACUAAUUAACGGUAGAGCUAGGGCCCAAGCCAAGGUCUUCUGCCUCAGGCAAAGAACCAGAACUAAUACGGGGUGACCUGACGUGCCCACAUCGAGGGGAGGGGGAAGCCAUGCUUCCUCUCCUUAGUGAACGCUCUUCCCGAACCUUGGAUAGUGGACCUCUCCAGCCUCCACUGCCAUCUGCUGGGGUCACCGUCCCCAGGGGACCGCCACCGUGUCACCCUUCUCUCGGGGCCUGCCUUCCCUCAGCUUGAGGCCCCUGAGCCCUCUGCCGGAGGGACUCUCCCCAUGGAUGGACUGUACACUGUAUUGACCACCGUGCUCAACUGACUUUUGUCUUCAUUACCGCUCUGCUCAUGUACCAUAUUUCUCCUGCUCCAAAGGCCUUCUUUCCUGCGGUCCGGACACAAGUUGGGAGCGUCGACAUGUUCAGGGAAGCACUCGUGCGUACCCGACUCCUUAUGGCCUUGUACUACAUUGUGAACAUACGUGUAUGAGCUUAUACGCUAAAACAGUGUUGAUAUGAUUGUACCCAUCGUUCUAAGCCCAUCUGUUUGUACCUCCCCACCUUAGAGAUUAACUAGUCAACGGAAAGACUCGCCAUCAGCAGGCAGGGCGCUCGCCCUCCGAUUUCCUCCCGCUGCCAUCCAUGCUCCAGUUUUUACGGCUAGGUAUGAUCCAUCCCCCCAUCAGUGGCAGCGAGACGCGGGCAGGACGGUGCGAAGAAGCCCGGGUUGGACACGUGGACGUCGAGCUGCGGUCCCUGCAGCUCUCGGACCACCCGUGUGACCUCGGACCAGCCUUUUCCUUUCUCUGGACCCGUAUGCUCCUCCGGAAAAUGAAAGGGUCGGUUCUGAUGAUCUCCAAGGUUUCUUCCAGCUCCGACCAUUCUAGGAGCCAGUCGUGGCUUCUCCUCUGUUUAGCAUUCAGUGAUGGAUCAAACAUCAUCUGGGAAGCAAAGGCUUCUGGUCCUGGUUCCCAGUUCGAUGCCUGUGUUUGUGUGUUAGUGAACCCUUAAUUUUAUCAGGAAACGGUGUCCUUAAGAGUAAUGGUCCAGGCAGUCCGCUGUCUCGACAGGUAAGACCAAGACAAACCAAUCUGCUAAACAUUUGUUCGGUGCCUCCUACGGGCAACGCACUGGGCUAAGGUACUAGAGAGAGAAAGACAAAAGGAAAAAUAAAGAGAGGUCCCGACCUCACAGAGUUUCCAUUCUAUUGACCAGGGCCCACCAGUAUGGCAUAGGGAAGAGAGGCCUGGCUUGGCAGUCAAAAAGGCCAGGGUUCAAAUCCUCUCCCAGCUGCUCAACUCCUUAUCUAGCUAAUCAGGGGAUCGGACUACACGGUCUCUCUGGUCCUGGUCACCAGGAUUCUGGGAGUUAUAGAAAGUCCGGUUUGAUUGCAUAUUUCAUGAACCCUCUCCUUUCCAGGCUGGGCUAAGCCAAAGUGGCUGGAGUCUUCUGUUUGCCUGGUUUUUCCCUCAGCCACCUUCCCUUUCCCCAGAUGGUCAGCGCCCUCAGAGGCUCUCCCUUCCUCUUUAGCAAAACCUGCUCUGGAGGAAGGAGCGCUAAGGUGACGCCCUCUACUAGCUCAUCUCAUGUCUAUCGGGGACUUUUCAGCAGGGGGCCCAGAAGCCGGGGAGCACCUGUCGUUAAUUGUGUCGUGAAUCUGGAAGGAAGAUCAUUCUCCAUUCCAUUCAGACAACAGGAGGGUUUCAAAAGUUGUCAAGUGUCCCUGGUGGGAAGGGUAGAAUCGCCCCAUCACCGUCCAGGCCCCUUGGGGGCAGCCAUCCGAUUUAGCCAGAGCUUCCCCAGUCCCGCAGAAACGCCCGACUCUUCUUUCUCCAUAUCCUUCAGAGUGGCCAUUGGCGGUCCUUGCAUUUCUAUCUUCCUGUCAAAUUGAUGGGGAAAGGUGCCCAGCCCCGAACCCCAGCCCCCUCCCUUACCUUUGCCCGCAUGUGGCGAGACGCUGCCAGGAAAGAUAGUUUUUCACAGAGAUAAGAACGGUUUGGGCCAAAGUUUGGCAAGAUUGGUUAUUUAAACACCAAAAUCAGCAAAUCAUAGAUAGGUUUGCCAGAGAAAGAGAGGGAAGCAGGGAGAGAGAGAGAGAGAGAGAGAGAGAGAGAGAAAGAGAGAGAGAGAGAGAGAGAGAGAGAGAGAGAGAGAGAGAGAAAGGGAGAUUUAUUUUUUUUUAUUUUUGAGGAACAAAGUAAAUGGCGCCAGCAGUGAUCAGGGAGCUUGGGACAACUUCCAAGCAGACAGAAGCUUCCUGGGACCAACAGAACCAAAGUGACCACGAGGUCAUCAGUGUAUGUACAGUGCAGAUGGCAACCUCUCGGUGCCCCAUUAGACCCAGGGGGUCUUUUAUGAGUUGCCGAGACCAAAAACCUCCAUUUCCCUCCCCCACCUCUUACCAGUUUUUUGCCGCUGAAUCUCCCCAUGCUUAGCAACGCCGGCCAUUUAUAAUGGCCACGUGGACACGCUUUUUCCAGCUUGUUUGGCCCUCCCAGAGUCCGGGCCCCGCUAGCACUGCCUUCAAGAGCCCAGGGGCAGCUCCAAACUGCCACAAGGCUUCAGCAGAGGGCUCUAGCAUAUCCAGAACAUCCUCUGAUGUUUCAAUGGCCUCACAUAUGUGGGACGCUGUCGAUCACAACCCUUCCCAACCUGCCCCUCCCGUGCAACUUGAUCCCUGUCUUCCCGUUAAGUUCACUUACAAGAGGGCUGCUCGGUGUGCUGGGGGCCUUCUUCGGGUUCCCUGGCCGUCGGGAGCAUUCUAACGGAGCCCUCCCUGCCCCCCUCCCCCAAUACAGGAGACCCGAAAAGCCGAGGUGAAAAGAUAGGAGCUCCCGGUGAGUCUUGUAAACGCCAUUUCCCAGAUCUGAGCGCUCUGCUGCUGAAUGACUUGCCAGAGUGAGGCGAUCCUUUGUUCAUUAGGCUACUGGGCUUCUAGCUGACUCACUACAUGAAGUGGGUGCCCCAGGGUGAACAUAAGGGAAUCCUGUAGUGAAUCAGCUUUUCUGGGCAGGAGCCCAUUUCUCUGCCUGAAGGAGGUGUGGAGAAGGGGGAGGAUGGAAAUGCCGAGAACAGAAAAGGGGGAAUUCAAACGGCUCCCGGUGUCCCUUCUUCAGGAUCUGAGUCUCGAGGCGUUCGCAGCCUACAGACUCGACGCUUCGUGGUGUCGCUAUUGGGUUGAGAGGGUUUGCGGCCACCAGUUCAGGGAGGCCCUUUGAGCUCAGUUUUUCUGUGUGUGCAUAAGGGAGAGCAAUUCUUGACAGGCAGUAAAAGCUUUCUUGACCCAAGGCAAACGAUGGCUCCCUCAGACCUUUGCACUCCCCUCUCCUGACUCUGGGAUCGGAUAACUAGAAAGCUCUAAAUCCUGCAGAACCAGGACUAGGGCAGGGCAACGUGGUCCUUGCCCCAGGGAAUGGAAAUUUAGAGACUGUUGAUCUGAAGUGUAGAAAAAAAUGAGCUUGGCAUCUCUUGGUCAGAAUAUCUGAUGCAUCCUUCCUCCCCACAACUCUAUUCCCAGUGAGUCUGCUCCUCCCUGGCCCCAUCCAACCCCAUGCCGGAGUUUCCUCCUCCCCUUCCAUGAAUGGUUCCAGGUGUCAAGAUCGCUAGUUACGGUGGCUGGAAGCGGCUUGUGAGAAGCGGUUAAGGCGAGUGGGCGCCCGAGUCCAGAGGAAGAGUCACUGCCAGCACAUUGGCCAGGGGCUGUCCUGUAGACGCGGGAGGAGAUGUGUUUAGUUUAGUCCCACAAGACAGAAGGAAGAGGAGUGAGUAAAGGGUACUGGGAAAAAUAAGAUAAAGAAGGACUUCCGGGGAUAGAGAGCUCCUAGUUUGGGGACAGGUUCAAACAGAGGCUCCGGGAUAUCUGUGGGAAAUGUUAGCUAGGGAAUUCCGGAACAGGGUGAAUGAUCAGACUAGACAAACUUUAGGGUUCUAUGUCCAGGCUACUGCACCUUUGCCCGUUACUUUGGGCUAAGUCUGAAACCAUCUAUCACUCGCCCCAAAGCCCAGAUAGUCCCUGGUGUAAAUUCAAGCAGAGUGGAGCACGUAGAUAUAUGUCACGUGACGGACUGCCCUGUGAUCAGCCAGCAAAUCAUCAGUUCCAUUGUAGGCCGCAUCCAUUUCAAAAAAUCACGGGGCUGGAUGGGACCUCCUUGUCUCACAGAUAAGGAAACCGAGGUAAAACGACUUGCAAAGCUCCUGGGGUAACUCCUUUUAGUGGUGUCGGCUCAUUUGGCAGGGAAAUUUUUUUCAUUCUUCUUUUCAUGUGGAUGGCCAGUCCCCGGGAGGAAGAGGCAAAAGCGUAUUCGAUUGCAACUUCUGCCUUAGUUAAAACAAUAGAAAUUGGUCAAAUUCAAUAACAACCCUUGCUUUCAGCUCAACGAUUCAGCAACCGUGUAAGUCCUUGCUGUGGGUCGGGCGACAUGCUAGGCCUGGAGCCACGAGGAUCCUGCCCUCGAGGGUCUCGUGCACUCUUUGGCUGAGCUGCUCCGGUUGCCACCUCAAAGUACUCCAUGAUCCCCACCUUUACCGGCUGGGACUUGGCCACACUCUGGAGAUGGGACUUCAUUUUGCUCCCUUUGCUUUUUGGUCUCUGAGUCCAUCGAUUAUUAGGCAUGCAUCGUGCUCACUGUACUCAUCAGCCCAAACUUAUAGCGACCAUGUGGUAGUGAAUGUAAACCAUCUGUGUUUCUUGAUCAAUUUUACAUUAUAAAUUGUCUAAUCCUGUUUCCUCUGGCUGAUAAUAAAAGUGAUAUUCUCUUUUUCUACG